AGGCGGCAGACCAAAUGAAAACUUUGUUAACCUUCAAAGGGAUAUAAGACUACCGGGGACACCACGUCCAAUAAAGCCCGUAGAGGACAACAUUGAUCGAACACCUGAAUAUAAAGCUUUCAUGAAAAGUCUUGAAGAAUUUCAUAGAGCCCAUGGUAAAUAUCAUGAAGUGGAAGAUAGGCAUCAAAAUCGUAUACUUCUUGCCCUAAAAUCUCACCUUCCAAAUGAGGUGGAUUGGGCAUUCGAAAUCUUAGUGCAACUCUCGGCAGACGAAAUAAUCAAUUUUCAUGUUGAUAAAAUACCCGGCUUGGUGGAUACUAUCCUCCUAUUCGUGUCUCCAUUUUACAAAGAUUUACGAAAGCUUACGGGACAUGAUUCUGUUUGCAUGUCUGUUAUGGAUUAUUGCAAAGACAUAGAUAAUAUCGAGGCAACGAUCAACGAAUUCUUGAGCUCACCAACAAAAGUUGAACAAGUAAAAAGGAUAAUGCAAAUAUUUUUAAUGUUUCGAAAUCUUUCUUUCACUGAACAUAACGUAAAAUUUAUGGCUGGAUACAAGCCAUUACGCAGAUUUUUAAUAGAAAGUCUCGUUUUGCCUGAAGUUGCGCGACUAUCAGAACUAAAACAUCAUUGCCUAGAGACGGUAGCAAAUAUGUGUAGGGUUAUAACUCUGAGAAGUAGUAAAGAUGAACUUCUUUCAACUUUGCCUAAGUUACUCUAUUCCAAAGACAGUGCGCUUGUUUUGCUUAGUAUUCGUGCAAUGGCUAGUUUAGCAGCAAACGAACAUAAUGCUGAUUUUUUGCGAGAAAUAGAUCCUACUAUAGUACAACGUUUAGUGCAACUAUUACUAAUUGAAGAUGAUGAAGAAUUGAUACUUGCGGUAUUAGAUUGGUUCUAUCAAUACUCGACUUACGAAGAUUCUGCUUAUACCAUAGCUCAAAAUGCUCCAGGAAAUUUCGUGCGUCUUUUAAUUAAUUUUUUGCGCUAUGGUGCAAAUGAAGAAGAUUAUAUAUACGACCAAAGAACACCAAUGGAACUGCAUCCCUUUCAAAUCCAUGGUGAAUUUGAAGAUUAUCCUGAACCUUACCGCACUUUAGAAUGGUGA